UCGUAAACAUAGACCUGUCAAACAACACAAACGCCAUCUUGACGGCACCCUCAAAAUGGCAGAAAGAUGUAAGCUAGAAACCGAGUCCAAAGUAAGAUUCCUGCUCUCUGCUAUUUAAAACCAGACUCGCCAGUUUUACCAUAAACGAGUGGUUAUGGGGUUGGUGUCCAGCGCGGCAGCACACAGCCUGUAAAAUGGAUAUAACGACGGCGGUUUUCAACGCGGCCAGAGAUGGUAAGCUGAAACUUAUCCAGAAGUUGCUGAGCAACAAAACUCCUGAGGAGCUGGAGGCUCUAGCCGAGGAGAAGACACAGGGAGGCACCCCUCUGUUGAUAGCUUCUCGAUACGGACAUUUAGAGGUUGUAGAUUACCUCCUUGAACAUUGUAAAGCAAAUGUUGAACUCGGAGGGUCUGUCAACUUUGACGGAGAGACCAUCGAAGGGGCUCCGCCGCUGUGGGCGGCUUCGGCAGCCGGUCACCUCCCUGUGGUUAAAACGCUACUGAAACACGGUGCCUCAGUGAACAAUGCAACACUAACUAACUCAACGCCGCUGCGAGCUGCCUGCUUCGACGGUCACCUGGAGAUCGUCCGCUACCUGGUGGAGCACAGAGCUGACAUGGAGGUGGCCAACAGACACGGCCACACCUGCCUCAUGAUCUCCUGUUACAAAGGCCACAAGGAGAUAGCCAAGUUCCUCCUGGACCGUGGUGCCGAUGUCAACCGCAAGAGUGUCAAAGGAAACACUGCUCUCCACGACUGUGCUGAGUCAGGUAGUCUGGACAUCAUGAAGAUGCUGUUAAAGUGCAAUGCUCGAAUGGAGAGAGAUGGAUAUGGCAUGACCCCGCUUCUAGCUGCAAGUGUGACAGGGCACACCAACAUUGUGGAAUACCUUGCCCAUCAGCCUCGCACCUCCAGAGAGGAACGCAUCGAUGCACUAGAACUCCUUGGGGCUACUUUUGUGGACAAAAAGCGGGAUCUCCUGGGAGCGAUGAGGUACUGGAGAAGGGCCAUGGAGCUGAGGCAGCCAGGGGACAAAGCCGGUUCCCUGACUAAGCCUCCACCGGGGCCCCCUAUCCCUGCCUAUGGCUGUGCACAAGAGGUGAACACUGCAGAGGAACUGGAAGCUUUGAUCACAGACCCUGAUGAAAUGAGGAUGCAGGCUUUGUUGGUUCGCGAGCGCAUCCUGGGACCAUCCCACCCAGACACCUCCUAUUACAUCCGCUACAGGGGAGCUGUGUAUGCAGACUCAGGCAAUUUUGAACGAUGCAUCAGUCUGUGGAAAUAUGCUUUAGACAUGCAGCAGAGCAAUCUAGACCCUCUCAGUCCCAUGACAGCCUCCAGCUUCUUGUCUUUUGCAGAGCUCUUCUCUUUUGUCCUUCAAGACCGGGCUAAAGGCACCCUGUCAACACGCAUCACCUUCCACGAUCUGAUGACUGUGCUGGGGAAAAGCGUGAGGGAAGUAGAGCGAGCUGUGGCGCAGAAGGACAACCCCCCAGAAGCUCCUCAGUUCACCAAAGCCCUCUCCAUCAUCCUCCACCUCAUCUUUCUCCUGGAGAAGCUGGAGUGCAACCCAGAGCAGGAGCAUCAGAAGAAGCACACAGUAUACCGCCUGCUAAAGCUUAAUCCACGAGGCCGAUGCGGCUUCACUCCUCUUCACAUGGCUGUAGACAAGGAGACCACGUCUGUGGGCCGUUACCCCGUCGGCCGCUUCCCCUCCCAGGCGGUGGCAUCGCUGCUCCUAGAGUGCGGCGCAGACGUCGAUUCACGUGACUGUGAGAACAACACGCCACUCCACAUCGCUGCUAGCAAUGGUUGCCCAGAGAUUAUGGCACUACUUAUGAAGGCCGGGGCUCACUUUGACGCUACAAAUGCACAGAGGAAGACAGCCUACGAGCUGUUAGAUGAGCAGAAUAGCGGACACCCAGCCCUCUACCCGCUGAACUAUGUCACCCUUCAGUGCCUGGCGGCGCGUGCAAUUGAGAAGCACAGACUGCCCUACAGGGGACUCAUCUCUGAGGAGAUGGAGGCUUUCAUUGAGCUGCACUGACUUCCACUACUGUUCCCUGAUGAGGCACCCCUGCACUACUACUCUUCCUUUUGACCCCCCUUCCCUUACUCUGACCGGCCACCAACCUGUCUCCUUUUGACUUCUGCUUUAGUCCUGGCCCAACCAUUGCCAUCCCACCUUAAUAAUAAAAAGUAAUGAUACAUUUAA